AUGGAAAGAGACAAACAGAUUCAGGAGAAAGACAAACUUCUGACAGAAAAUACACAAAGACUUCAGAUGAAGGAGAAAACACUGGAAGAGAAGAACACGCUGCUCAGAGAGAUAACAGAAGAAUGUGAAAAAUCAAAAAGGACUUUAGAAGAGAAUCAGAAACAGAUAAAAGACAAUGAGAGAAAACUUGAGAACAUUUUAAAAGAACUGGAAACCAGUAAAAACAAACUAAUGGAAAGAGAUAAACAGCUUCAGGAGAAAGACAGAUUACUAGAGGAGAAAACUAAACAGCUGCAGGAACAGACAGAUCCAGAAUCAUCAGCCCCCAUCAGGAGAAGAAAUAGCAUGGAUGUUUUACCUCCAUUUAUGAGUGGAGAGACUCAGGACUCAGAAACACCAAUCAGGAGAAGAAGCAGUAUGGAGGAAGUUCGUCCAUUAUUGGGUGGAGAAUUUACUCCACAUUCUCCAGUGUCGGUUCCUGUAGCAGAACUGAGGGUGGUGCUGCUGGGAGGGACGGGGUCUGGGAAGAGUGCAGCUGGAAACAUCAUCCUGGGCAGAGAGGAGAUGAACCAGGAUUCAACAUCUACAGCUACAUAUACAUCUACAUCUACAUCUACAUCGACCCAGCAGAGUGAGAGCACACAGGGGGAGGUGGCUGGGAGGAAGGUGACUGUGGUGGACACUCCUGACUGGUUCUCUCCUGGACUCUCUCUGGAGAAGCUGAGACAAGAUGUAGAACUCUGUGUUCAUCUGUCUGCUCCAGGACCCCACGCCUUCCUCCUGCUCAUACCUGUAAAGCAGCCUACAGGAGAGCAGAAGAGGAUGCUGGAGAAGAUAGAGGAGAUUUUUGGAGAGAGAUUUUGGAGAACCACCAUGAUCAUAUUUAGUGUCACUGAUGAACUUCAGAAGAAGAACAUUGAGGAGUUUAUCCAAUCAGGAGACCAGGAGGUCCAGAGACUUGUAGAGAAAUGUGGGAACAGGUUUCAGUGUCUCAACCUUAAGGAGAGUGGAGAUGGAUCUCAGGUUUCAGAACUGCUGGAGAAGAUAGAGAAGAUGGUGGAAGAAAACAGAGAGAAAUUCUACAGCAGUGAGAUCUACCUGGAGACAGAAUCUCAGAUCAGAGCAAUGGAAACUAAAAUCCUGAAGGAAAUAGAAGAGAAAAGGAUGGAGGGGGAGAAGGAAAUGAAGGAGAAAAUAGAUAAGGAGGUGCAGGAGUCUCUGAGAAAGAUAGAGGGAGUGAUCCAGGAGCAUGAAGGAGACAUUACACAACUCAAUGACCGAACAUCUGAACUGGAGAGAAAGAUGAAAGAAGAGAUGGAUGAAGUGAAAAAGAAAGAACUUGAGAUGGAGCUGCAACGAGAGGUAGAGAAGAAGAGAAAUGGAAGAAGGAAUAAACUAAAAGUAAAGAGAGAGAGGGAGAGAAAAGAGAUGGAGGAGAGACACAAACAGGAGAUGGAGGUGAUCAGGGAGGAGUGUGAAGGAGAGGUGAGGAUGGAGGUAGAGAGAAAACUCAUGAAGAUCAUAAUGCCUGAACUCCAGAAAAACAUUUUGGCAUCAAAAGCAGAGAUGCAGGAAGAGUUCAGCAGACAGAUGGAGGAGAAGCACAGAGAGCUGGAGCUUCUUAAACAGAAACUUUUAGAGCUCUCACAGACUCACAAUGUGCUUGAAGAGGUUUAUGAGAAAACUGUGAGAAGAACUGCAGAACCUGAGAGAGCAGCAGGAGCAGGAGAGACAUCGAGGGGAAUCUCUCAGAGAUUUAAAGAGUUUUUUCACUGAGUAUCAGAAUGUUAAAGCCACAGAUUCUCAUCCAGUCAGAAAUGAGCUUCACCAGUCAGUGAUGGUGGACCACAGAGCAAGAGAGAAGCGUAAACCUAAAGAGAGAAGCUCAUGAACUGAUCUGAACUGUUCUGAUCUGAUCUGCUCAGGAAACCCUGCAGGGGAAAAGACUGUUCAAUCAGCAGCGUUAAUAAUCAGCUUUUUAUUUCUACUUUGGCUACAAGUAUGUAGUAAACACACACAAAUCCUGUGAGCUGCAGAGAAAAUGAACAUUUUACUGUAAACUCAUUACUGCUGCUGCUUUUCAUUUACAACAUGAGAAAUAUAGUGAGGGGAUCAUUUAGGACAUUUUACACUGUGAAGAAAUCACAUCACACACCAGGGUGUUUUAUUCUUCUUUUACCAACAAACACAUUUUUAUUCAUUAAAGAAGGACAUUUUAUACUUUUUAUCCAUUUAUAGUUACAUACUCUGUACAUAUGUGGUGCAUCUUCAAACUAAACAUUGGUGUAAUAACAACUAGCACUUUUUACCUUACCCUAUUCUUUUCUUCUUCCUUUUGAAAAGAAGAGACGUGUUAGAAAGUGUGUUGAUUGUAAAUGUGAGCGCUGACGGCUUGAUGAUUUGUUACAGAUUGUUUUGGUCCGUGUUUUGUUCUGGUACUUUUGUACUUUUUUAUUAGAUUUAUAAAUAUAAUGUGUUGCGCCGUCUGUACAGUACAAGUCUGAAAACAGUCUGAAAAAUAUAAAUCCUGGUAUAUUUGUAAUACAUCUUUUCUAUAAACUAUUUUACAUUACUGAUCAAAACAGCAUCUUAAAGUAGACAUUUCAUUCAUACUUCCUCCCUGAUAUACAAGAGAAAUGUGUUCAAAUUCACUCAUUUUUACAAAAUCUCCCUGAGUGCAUCCACGUGGAAAAACUCUUUUUAUUACUCCGUAAUUUAUUGUCAUGAUGUUGUGUGUCGUUUCAUGCACUUUGACCUCACUAAAGAUUUAUAUUUUAAAAUGUAAAUAUGUUUAUGAAUAAUGUAUUUGUAUAUGUAAUUAUGUUUAUAUGUCUGUAUAUAGAUAUCAAUAUCCAGCUACAGAAUCUCAGACUGUAAAUUAAGAGCUGAUUAUUUUUUUAAAAGACAAAGAAAAAGAUCUUUAUCAAUAAUUGAUGUAAAUAUUAAACACUAUUGAAUUUUGUAUCAGCUCAUUAGGAGUUUAUUUGUCUUGCACUUUUUUACUGCUGUAAUUCUGACUUUUAUUUAUCACAAAUAAAAUCAGAAUUCAUGUUUACAUGACGAUUGUCUUAAAGCUCUUUUUCUCUUAGAGUUAAAGGAUGGUGUUUUUACUGUACAUUUUAUGUAAAAUGUUGGGUUCUGAUUGGCAGCUCUGUAUUACACUUCCGUACACAUCGAGUCUGAAAGGUUCAUUAUGAGCUCAGUGUAAAAGUCUAAACUGCUGUGUACCAAAUCACAGUGAUGUGGAAAUGUGAGUCAGGACUCUGAAGCUUUAAAGAACUGUUUUAUAGUUUAUGAAGAGAUUUAUUUGUGUUCUGUUUUUGUUUUUCUCCCCUCUUUUCC